UUUCUGGGGUUCCUUCCAGAGAAACAUAUGCAGGAGGUCCACAAGACAGCAUCGUCCUCCNNCCCUCUCUGCAACGACGAAAAGCCACCACAGCGCAAGCUCUCUUGUUUUCGUCGUCACAGAUACCGCACUCUCGCCGCCGUGGCAGGAACUAUUGCUCUACUCGGCAUCACCCUCGGUGUAGGGCUUGGUGUCGGGCUUACGACUGCUGGAGAAGCUCCAAAGUCCACUCCCACAGCGGCAUCAAACAAAGCUACUGCAUCGCAAGGAUCAGUAUGUCAAGCCGGGGGUAAAGGAUUGUUGGAGGGUGUUGGAGGGUUGCUCCUGGCCAACACCACACCACUUUGGCAGCCUCUUCCCGGAACACCCUGGCAGAUAGUACUCAGCCUGCCCAUUGAUGCCACAAAGGCUUUGGUACCUGCUCUUUCGGUUUAUGACAUCGACAUGUACGGCAAUAGUGCUUUGACCAUUCAGCAGAUGCAUCUUCAAGGCAUCAAAGUCAUCUGCUACUUCUCAGCUGGCAGUUGGGAGGCUUACAGGCCCGAUGCGGGAUUGUUUGCACCCCAAGAUCUCGGGAACAACCUGAAUGGCUGGCCUGGUGAGAAAUGGCUGGAUACUCAAAGCCAAAGUGUCAGAAAUAUCAUGGCAAACAGGAUCAAAUUGGCAUCUGAGAAAGGCUGCGAUGCUGUUGAUCCAGACAACGUGGACGGCUUUGAAACCAACACCGGCUUCCCUCUCACCCCAAGCACCGCUCUCGACUAUCUUACCUUCCUCUCUUUGACAGCUGCAUCAUAUAAUAUGGCCAUUGGUCUCAAAAACGCCGGCUCAAUCGCCGCAAACGCCACCUGCCUUGUCGAGUUCUCCAUCAUAGAAUCCUGCAUCAGCAACAGCGAGUGUAGCAUCUAUCAAAACUUCAUCGCAGCUGGCAAACCAGUGUUCCAGAUCGAAUAUCCACUUGGCGCCCCAGGUUUUGUGUCACAACAAGCAUUGUCAAGAAGCUGCAAAACCAAUGAGAACGUCGGAUACUCGGAGAUCAUCAAAGGCAAGGAUUUGGGUGGAUGGGUUGAGUAUUGCGACGGGACCGUUUUCAACACUGCAACCUACGGUUACUCAGGUUACCCCAUAGGAGCAAGAAAGUUGGUAUAA